AAACACUUAGUCAUACAGUGGAAUUUGGCGGUAUGACGCUUCGCUCUUUCUCAUUCGCUUUCUCCUUCACUGCGAAGCACGUGUUGACCAGCUGCCGCUAAAGCUGGUUGAUGAAUGCCAAAUUACUUGGCAGCUCUCUGCUUAUUUAAUUUUUUGGAUCCAGGCGAUCUUGAUGACACGCACGCAAGACAAAAAUUGGAAAAUUGGACCAGAAGCAACUUCAAGCUCAAAUGACAAGCCUUCACGUAUCAUCUACUUGUCUGGGGUCUCACUAUUAUUUUCUCGAUUUCUCAUUUCGUUUCAAUUAAAUUCCAGUCCAAUUAAUCACUCUCUUUUCUCCAUUUCUUUCCUCCUGCUUGCUUGCAUUUCUAAGCUUUCUAAACAUGUACGCUGGAACCAAUCUGGGCUCGCUGGGCGGCACCAGCGGUGGCAGCAGCAGCGCCAGCGGAGGAGUGCGGCGAACACUGGGCUCUCUGAGCUCGGGUAUAAGCGCGUCGCUUUUGUACGGUACUUCGGCAGAAGAGAAGGUGGUCCUAGACAUUGGGUCGUACACCUUGCGAGCGGGGUUCUCAGGCGACAACUCGCCGCUGCACACAACAGAGCUCUUCAGCAAAUUCACCAUUGUCGGGCCGACGAAAAGACUCGCCGGCAGAUCUCGCGGGCUGUUUGACAGCCGCAUAGGUAGCGAGGAGGUGCUAGAGGCGCUGCUGCUCGAGCAAGUGCGCGAAGUCUACCGGCGCCACCUCCUUAUAGACUCAAAGUCGCGCAAGGUUGCGGUGGUCGAGGGCGCACUGCUGCCGGUGCAGGUGAAGCGGGCUCUGACGCGGGUGCUGAUGGGGAACUUGCGAGUGCCUCAAGUGACGUUCUACCCGAGCUCGGUAGUGGCUCUGAUGACAUGUGGCGCCAUGGCCGGGCUGGUAGUUGACUGCGGGCAUCGCAGCACAACCGUCAUGCCCGUAUAUGACUGCCGGCCGCUGACGACAUACAUGGUAUCGACACCGAUGGGCGGCAACACACUUUUCAAGAACCUGCGCGAGCUGCUACUACGGUUUGGGCGGUUCCGGCCGUUUAGUGCAAAUGAGGCUGGCAGCAUUGCGGUUGACGACGAUGUUCUCAGCGACGAGAUUGUGCAUCUUUUAAAGACAAAGCUGCUAUACGCGUCGCCGGUGGGCAUUCCCCAGAGCUUUGGCCGGCCGCCGACAGAGCUGGGCGUCGGGCUCGUGGGCGAUGACUUGGUCGGGUGGUUUGAGUCUAGCAUGACUGCCAGUAGCGAGUUUACACGGAUGACCGUUGAUUCGAGCAAGCAUGGUCGCGGCGUGCUUGAGUUCCCCAGUUGGAUCCGCGAGCGCGCGGCCGAAGUGCUGUUUGCCGGCGAUGCGACGCAGGACCACCAGGGCAUUGUUGAGUCGCUGGCCCGGUGCAUCGGGCGAGCACCGGUCGACACGCGCAGAGCAUUGGUGAGCAAGAUACUUGUUGUUGGCGGGGUCGCUGACAUGCCCAAUCUGCGAGUGCGGCUCUUGCAUGAUCUCGUUUCGCGUCUGCGCCAAAACCCCAAGUGGUCUGCGCUGGCCGAUAUCGCCGCGCUGGCCGAGGAGCGCAUUGGCUCCGAGUCCCACAGCAGUAGUGUUAAUAGCAGCAACAGCAAUAUCAGCAAAGGUCGAAGCGUUGGCUCUGGGCCGUCGCCAUCGGCUGCCAAUGGUACGGCUUUUGCGUCGUCUAAUAGAUGCUGGAUCGGUGCGUCGCUGGCGGCUGCCGCCAAGAUUGGUGGCAUAGACAUCAAGGCCGAAGAGUUCGACGGCGUCAACCUGCCCGACUGGACAAUUCAGUGACAAUUGUUUUACUAAUUAUUAUUGAAUAAACAAAAACACAAGUUAAUAAUUGU